AUGACGAGGCAGAAUUUCCAUCGCCCCAAAGUCAAAACGUUAUCCGCCAAGACGGCAGCCUUCUUCUCGCGUUCCAGGCCACGCAAGAAUGAUUCUGUUGUGAGGCCCGACCACGGCGACUCUCUCUCUGUUCGAAUUCACAAUGACCUGCCGGGUCUGAAGGAAGCCAUAAGAGCUCUUGAAUCAGGAUUCUAUGAUGAAGCAGUUAUUACUAGAGUUCAUGUUACAAAGGGAUAUGAAGGACCACCACGACACAGGCUCCACUCCAGGUUGCUAGCUGCUAUCGGCCAACUCCCCAACCUCCAGGAGAUUUCCAUUCAAGGUGAUGCCAACAAUUGGCCCCAAGACCUCAAUAUACCAGCCAGAGCCAUUAAAAAGUUGUUGCUAGACAGCAGACAGACAAUCCGCAAAGUGUCCUUUCAAUACAUCCAAGUGCUGACGCGAAAGGGCCAAGACCCUGACCUCCAGGAUAGCCCAGAGCUCGUUGACUUGUUUGAUUCUCUGAAGGAGCUCCAGUGCUUGGAGCAAUUUGAGAUCAAAAACUGCAGCCAGAGCUAUGUUCUGGAAAAAGGCAUCAUCUGCCGCAAUGGUGACCGUUUCCUCAAAAGUGUUUUAGGACCAUUGGCAUCAAUCCAAUCAUUGACAAGAGCCACAUUGCACCAUGAUUGCUGGGACCAUCUGAAUCCUCGGGAAUUACAACAGGUACUCUGGAACUGCUUGCGACUUGAGGAACUGGUGCUGACUGGCUUUUCCAUAGGGGCAUAUGACUGGGGCUGGAUUGUACCCGUUAUAUUACAACGUGCUCAGAAUCUCAAAAAGCUGCACCUCCAUCACUGCUACCUGAGUGCUGACUGCUUGGACGUCUUUUUGCAGUUAAUGGGCCCCAAUUCACCUCUAGAAGACUUUGAGUUCCUGCCAUCACUGAGGCGACAUGUACCAGACACUUUGGGCAACCUCUACUAUAUUGGUGCGACCCCUCAAAGCAUCCGCCAUGAUGACGAGGAUGGAGAGCCCACCAGGAAGAGGUUGCUGUGCCAAGCCAUCCCCACAGCACUUGAAUCCAAUACCAAACUACAGAGAUUGAGGAUCAAAGCAAAGGGAAGCACAAACUUGUUUGUUCCUGUUGAGGUCCAACAGCCCUGGUUGGAUCUUCUUGAACGGGGUCACAAUACAUCCUUGCAGGACUUUGGUUUCUGGAGAGAUGAUGGCCAGUCAUUCCAUUAUGAAGAUGAAGAGAUGGCAGCAAGAUUUGAGCACCACCAAAAGCUCAUGCGAUUUGGGAUUGGGAAGCUGAAGGGGGAAGAGCGAGACCAAAUCAUUGUCGAUGUUUUAGCUGAGGCAACAGAGGAUGUCUCCUGUUUAGUUCAUAUCCUCCAGCAGUAUCCUUCUCUUUGCACAACAGCAUGA